AAUUAUUAAGAGUCAGAAAUCAUAAUAUUUGAAUACACAUAUAUAUAUAGAAAUAAUGGUGAGUGCUACAACUGUUAAUAAUUCUUCAAAGGGAAUAAAGAUGUUCACAGUGUUGAGCAUCGACGGAGGUGGCAUUAGGGGUGUCAUUCCAGGCACUCUUCUCGCUUUUCUCGAAUCAAAACUUCAGGAAUUGGAUGGAGCAGAUGCAAGAAUUGCAGACUAUUUCGAUGUAAUAUCUGGAACAAGCACUGGUGGCUUAGUCACCACCAUGCUUACUGCCCCAAACAAGGAUAACCGACCCUUAUUUGCAGCCAAAGACAUCAAUGCUUUUUACUUAGAGCAUACACCAAACAUUUUUCCACAAAAUAGGUAUAACUACUUAUCAAUAAUACAUACAAUUAUUAGGAGCUGGCUUGACGCAUUGACCGGUCCUAAAUACGACGGAAAGUAUUUUCACAAACUUCUAAACAAUCUUCUAGGCGACCUUACUCUUCAUCAGACCCUAACCAACAUCGUCGUACCAGCUUUUGAUAUCAAACUUUUUCAACCUUGCAUUUUCUCCACUUCUGAUGGAAAAGAGACGGCUUUGAAAAAUGCUCGACUUGCAGAUAUUUGCAUCAGUACCGCUGCAGCUCCUACUUUUCUCCCGGCUCAUAGUUUUACCACGACUGAUCUCAAUGGAAACUCUCGUAGUUUUGAUCUCAUCGAUGGUGCUGCUGCUGCAAACAAUCCUACAAUGUUGGCAAUAAGCCACGUUUUUAGAGAAAUGGCAAAGGAGAACUCAGAUGAUGACGAUGAUGAUGAGGCUCCUAUAAUGGAGGGUAAAAGAAUGCUAGUUCUAUCAUUAGGGACUGGUUCAGCCAAGCGUCAAGAGAAAUACAGUGCAGCCAAGGCCUCCCAAUGGGGUCUCAUUAAUUGGAUCUUUGACAAUGGAAGCACACCCCUUAUUGACAUUUUUUCUGAUGCAAGUUCUGAUGUUGUUGAUUUUCUUGUAUCAACUCUCUUUCAAUCUCAUACCCUUAAGAAAAAUUAUCUGCGUAUUCAGGAGGAUACAUUGGUUGGGGACGAAUCAUCAGUUGAUAUGGCGACUACUGAAAAUCUGCAAAGACUGGUGGAAAUUGGAAACAACCUACUAAAGAAGCCAGUUUCGAGGGUGGAUUUGGAAACGGGCAAAUGUCAAACUAUCAAUGGAGAAGGCACCAAUGCUCAAGCUCUUACUCAUUUCGCCAAACUUUUAUCUGACCAGAGGAAACUACGUAUGGUUGAUCAAUAAAAGCUGACAACUUAAUUUUCAUUAAUUAGUCUUAUUUUAAUUCAUUUUUUUAUUACUUAAUUGACUAGCUUGUAUAAUUAGUAGUGAUUAUUCAGAUAAAGCUAGAUUAAUUACACUAGCU